UGGCCACGUGACCUUUAGUUAGUCAGUCGCGCUUCACUACGAUUUGCAUUUUGUAUUGCAGCAUUUUCUAUUGAAAUGCAAAAUGUGGAAAGUGGAAACCUUUUUUUUAUGUGAUAAAUAUAGUUUAUUUUAGUUAGUUUUGUGUUAUGAUAACAAAAUGCCUGCAUCCAUUGGUGUUAACUUGCGCGUAACAGGCCACUGUAGUCAAGGCGGGAGAAAGUACAUGGAAGAUUUGUUUUCCGUUGCGUAUCAACAAACCGAAGAUGAGAGAGAUCUUGAAUAUGCUUUCUUUGGAAUUUACGAUGGCCACGGUGGUGGAGAAGCUGCUGCUUUUGCAAAGGAGCAUUUGAUGGACGCUAUUGUAAAACAGCGUCAUUUCUGGUCUGACAAUGACGAGGACGUACUGAAAGCCAUUCGCAAUGGUUAUAUGUUGACCCACUUGAACAUGUGGAAAGAAGUAGAGAAAUGGCCAAAAACUGUGACAGGUUUACCCAGUACAGCUGGAACAACGGCAAGUAUUGCAUUUAUAAGACGAGGCAAGAUUUAUGUAGGACAUGUUGGUGAUUCCGCUAUUGUUCUGGGUUACCAAAAGGAAGGUUCUGAUGAAUGGGAGGCAAAACCGUUAACAUCUGACCAUAAACCUGAAUCCAUUAGUGAAAUGGAGAGGAUUGAGAGAUGUGGUGGCAAAGUGGUGUCAAAAGCAGGGGUACCAAGAGUAGUAUGGAAUAGGCCCAGAGCCGGUCACAAAGGGCCAAUAAAGAAGAACACCCCAAUGGAUGAGAUACCAUUUUUGGCUGUUGCAAGAUCACUUGGUGAUCUAUGGAGCUAUAAUCCAAAUAAUGAUGAAUUUAUAGUUAGUCCAGAUCCUGAUGUUGGUGUCCUUACCAUUGACCCAGCCAAGUUUAGAUGUCUAAUUUUUGGAACUGAUGGCUUGUGGAACAUGAUGACACCGGAAGGUGCUGUGAGUUUAGUGCACUCCACAGAGAAGCAUAACGAAGCUGCCUUAGUUGGAGUAGGUAACCAGCCAAGGGACUGGUUGAAUCCUUCUAAAAGCCUAGUGGAUCAAGCUCUUGAAAGGUGGUCAAACACUCGGAUGAGGGCUGAUAAUACUUCAGUGGUCACUCUUAUGUUAGAUCCUCCAGGCCCCCCUCGAGCAACUGUUCUAAGAUCAAGAACUGCAGCAACCCAAAAGGCACAGUCAACAGUUAAUCCUGCCGUUUCCUCACAUCCAGCUGUUACAACUGCUUCUUCAAACAAAGUAGAUGACAGUAAAUCUGAGAAUGCCGUUGAAACUGAAAACAGACAAGUGCCUGAAAAUGGUUUGACCAUUAUGACCCGGUAUUCAGAUGAAGAUAAGCCUCUCCAAAAUGGUGAGUCCUCUGAACACACCCCCCUACCACCAUGCACCACCAUUGAUGGGAGAUUUUCUGUGGGAGCCAAAAAUGAAAGUACGAAUGAGUCGAAAGAAGAUUCUGAGACAAUAACAAAUUAUGGCAACCCCGCCGAGUCGUAUUUCAUGGCGCGUCUGCUUAAUAGAACUAAAGUUGUGAAUACAUUAUCGGAAGUGUACAAUGAAAUAGUUAAUUGUACAAAUGAAGAGACAGUCGAAUCUCACGAACCAUCACCACCACCUCCUGCCACCGUUGUCCCCGAAGAGACCGUUGAAGUAGUGCGGCCCAUUAUCGCCCGGCAAUCACUGCCACCGGAAGAGAGUAAUGUCGAAGCGGAGUCAGAGCUCGAUAACAUCAGUAUACAGAUCAAUGAAGUUUCAUCCAGUUCGCCGACAGAGGGGCCGGUGCGGUCGAGAGCGAAGAAGUUUCGGGAUGUUAAACGGGACGCGACGCCUAAUGAUCGGGUGCUGCGCUCGCACCACGAGUCCGAGGCGGCGGGGCCGCAGACCAGGCAAGCCGCUACUCGCUUGCGGUCGCCCGUCGCGAAGCCGCUCGAGCGGGUCGUGAUCUUGAACAGACGCGACUUGCGUCCUCAAGCGCGGCGCCCCGAAGCGGGCUCGGGCGAUGCGGGGGAAGAGGCGCGGCGGUCCACUCGCUCGCAGCACGCGCCCGCGCCGCAGAAAGGGCGCCAGGAGUCAGUCCGGGCGGGAAACUGUCCGCGCGCCCCGGGGUCGACGCGGCGGUCCCCGGCGGCGCGGGAGCUAGGCCGCUCCAAGGAGAACCUCGGCGGCGGGAGGGGCCGCGCGGCCGCCGCUCGCGCCCCCCCCGCGCCGCGCCCUCGCCCGCGCCGCGACCCUAGCCAGCCCGAGGUGCACUCCACCACCGGCGAGCCCGCGCGCCCGCGAGCGCUGCGCUCCAGAAACGAAACCGACUCCCCCGCGCAGCCUCCGGGCAAACGUCCUCGCUACGACGACGCUCCCGACCCGCCCAAGGUGCCCGACAAGUGCGCUCGACCCAUCGGCAAGCGCGCCUCCGGCCCCUGGGCUCCAUCCCUGGCGCUGCGCAAUCGUUUGCGUCGAAGACUAGCGAAGUAAUAGUUCCUUCGUUCCGACAGUCACACGGUGCCUUGUUAGUGCUGCCAAAGUGCUCUAUGAACUUGUUUGUUAGUUCGUUGUGUUACGUUCGGUCUCGCGAUCCAAAGAUGACUGCGUCGUGUACGGUUACAUUUUCUGUUGUUAUUUUUAUUUUAUUUUAUCGCUUUCACGGAUCGAAGGUCGGCGACGUGUCGGUUUAAUUCUUAGUUUUAGCGUAGACCUAUUGACCCUUUUGUUAAUAGUUAUAGCUUUUGUUUAUACAUAGAUCGCCCCCGGAUCGUGGCAGAUUUAAACAAUAGUACAAAAGCCUAUUGCUUAGUUUACUUAUAAGACGUAAUACGUGGACCACACGAAUAAUCUUUAGCCCAAAUGCAUAUAUUAUAUUUAUUUAUCAAUAUUUGUAACACAAAGAUAACAUAUAGUGUUGCAUUUAUAUUAAGGCCAAUGUGAAAAUUUGAUUUUCAUGAGGAUUUUGAAAGAUCAGAGGCUACAUAUAAUUGUUGGGAUAGUAAUACCAGAAGGUAUGACAGUUUAUUUUGUAGCUAGGAAAUGCAACGAGGAUUUUGUAUUGUACCAACAGUGCUUUCUUAUUAUGAAAAUAGAUUAUGAGAAUAUAUGAUAUUGCAUAGAACAUUUAGAAGUGAGACUAAUAUUUUUAUACAGCAAUAACUGGUUUGCCUCGCCCAUAUCUGUUCCAUUGGAACAGGCCGUUCUAAUUGUAUUUUUAUAUUUACAUUAAUUAACAAUGGUGUGUCACUUUCUUUACUGUAAUUCCUCUUUUGGUACUCGUAAUUGUUACCGAUUUUUGUAAAGUAUUCAUUCUAAACAUAAGAUUGUUCACAGAACUUUUUUUACUUCAGUUAACCGUAUUGCCAAAUAAACUAUGCGAUUUUACCAGUGGGAGGCUCCUUUGCACAGGAUGCCGGGUAGAUUAUGGGUACCACGACGACGCCUAUUUCUGCAGUGAAGCAGUAAUGUGUGAGCAUUAUUCUGUUACGGUUUGAAGGGCGCCGUGGCUAUUGAAAUUGGUGGGAAAACGAGACUUAACAUUUUGUCUCUAGGUGACGAGCGCAUUUAUAGUGCCGCUCAGAAGUAAUGGGCUUUUUCAAGAAUCCUGAGUGGCACUGCAUUGUAAUGGGCAAGGCGUAUCAGUUACUAUCAACUGAACGUCCUGCUCGUCUCGUCCCUUAUUUUCAUAAAAAAAAGCUACAAUGUUAAUUGAAAUUCCUACUCCAGCAACAUUUUCGCCACGUACGUACCAACGUAUUUCCUAUUUUCUGUUCGUUUUUGACGGAAACGGAAUCCUACAUACAUCUGCGAAGAAAUUCAAAAGUGAGUGAAAUUGAGCAAUUUGCAGUGGGCCCGCUUGGUCGACAAAAAAAGUACAGACUAAGAAGGACCGUAAAACAAAUAAAUAAAAAAAUCUAUCAGUUCUAAGCAAUUUGUUAUUUUUUUUAAAGUGAUAACCCUCACUUCUGGGAUUAAUUACACAAAUUAAAUUUACAAAAUUUAUGAACGAUGCGGGACUCGAACCCGCGACCGCGACAAUCUUUGAUUGUUUAGAUUUGAAAGAGCAACAUCUUAAAUUUACUUCCUAAUAUGCGAAUAUUGGGGUUGUACAGGCUAACUGUAAAGUAGAUCCUGUAGAUGAAGCCACAGCCUGAGAGUUGAACAAGACAAGAUUUAUCAACGAUAUGUCACUGAAACGGUUGGCUCAGUGGUAAAAGCAAGGUCGCGAGUUCGAACCCGCAUCGUUCAUAAAUUUUCACACCAAAAUUCUUUUUUUUUUAUUAGCAUUCUACAUAAGAAAAUACCGUUCCGAGGGGUCUUUAUUAAAAGAAGCCUAAAAUUAUCUAUAAUAUAAAGAGUAUGUGAUACAUCAUUGUUAAAAUUGAACCGAAAAUUUAAUAUUAAACAAUAAUAGUUAUUUCUAUCUCUGAUCUGUAUAUGUAUAUUUACUCUGAAAGUAAACAACUAAUGUGAUUGUUAAACCAUAGAUGUGUUAUUGAAAACCAAAUACACUUAUUUGUAUUUUUAACGAGAUUGUUGAACCUGUAAAUUGCGUUACAAAUGAAAUUUGUUAUAAAAAUAAUUGAGGUUAAUAAUUUUAAUGAUUUUUUUGUCUUAUUAUUUUCGGUUGAUAAUUAUUGUCAUCUAUUGUAAUUCAGUUAUGUACAGUUGUACAUAGACUAGAAGCAUGUUUAAAAAUUAAAAUGAAGUAUAUAGUGCCUCUUUGUUACCGAGUAAAUCAAAUACCUAGAUAGAGAUGUUCUUUGAUAUAAUGAGAUAUUAUGUAUUUUUUUAUUAAAAUGUAAGUAAAUUUAUACGCAGUGUAAUAAUUAGCUGUAAAAGAGAAUAUAAUAUAAUUUGUUAAGAUAAAUUGUGUAAAGAUCUUAGUGAAUUUUUUAGUUUUUUGCACUCAAGUGCUCGGUCCGUUUGUGAAGUAUGGAAAUUCCAUUGCCAAUAAGAAAUCGUAGUUUAUAAAAUUUUUGUAAUUUUUUAACAAUGUUACCCACUAAUAUUGGAUGAAGUUUUGGAGUUAGUUACUAAAUAUUUGAUGAUAAAAUAACACAAGCACUAAAAACUGCUAACAAAUAAAUUUUCUUAUUUGAUGGAAUUUUCACAUGUAUUUCGAUAGAUUCAGUUUUGUUCGACGUCGCAACUUUAUUGAAUGUUAAGUUUACAGAGUUAAUGUUGUUGGCGGUAAGCAGGCGGCCUUGAAAUGGAAAUAGAUUUGGUGGUUAUAGCAUGUAUUGGUAACGUUAAGGGUGUUGCAAAACAAAUUUUACCUAUAUAACUGAAGCGAAAGUGUACACUUUAUUUUUCGAUUUAAAUAAAGUUUGUAUGAAA